GAGAGACGCCUGCGUGAACUGAGCUCCUCCUCCAUGUUGCAGGAAGAGAAAACAGCGGAGACCAGCGACCGUGAGAAAUGCAAGUAGGACUCAAGAUCACAAGACUGUGAGACUCUACGCUAAAUUAAGGUGAUGUUUUAUAUUAAAGUUGGGAAACAGUUGGGCCACCCAACACGGUCUGUGGCAGGAUGGUUGGUCAGUAAGCUGCUCAGGUUUCGAAACCAGAUCCUUGAGGAGAAUGCUGUGCGGCUGUGUGGGAUCCAGCCAGGGGACACGGUGCUCGAACUGGGCCAUGGCCCGGGUCUGGGCCUGCCCUCGGCAGCCAAACUCCUCACAGAGCCCAAAGGCCACCUUAUAGGGGUGGAUUAUUCCGAGUACAUGCACCAGAUGGCAAGUGAGCUUGUGAAGGAUCUUGUGGCCAGUGGGAAGGUGACCCUGCACCACUGUGAUGUAGCAGCCAUGCCUCUGGCAGACAGCUCCAUUGAUAAAGUCUUUCACUGUAACUGCUACUACUUCUGGCCAGACCUGAGGAAAGGAGCCUCGGAGAUCCACCGAGUGAUGAAACCCGGGGGUCUGAUGGUGGCCACGAUGAGGCUGAGCCAUGUGUCUGCCUUGGCAUCUAAGCAUGUGAUGCCAGGAGAAAACUGGCGUCCAGAGGCCUACAUGACAGCUUUGAGAGACUCAGGCUUCACCGAUGUCAGAAUGGAAGACAAACAGCACAACGGCUUUAUCUUUCAGGCCAUCUACGCCACUGCCUUGAAAUGACGUUACACAGAGGCUACCAAGUUCCAGUGACUGGGAUCUGUUGUGUGAUUCUAAUAUUUUGCAAUUACUGUGUAAUUCAAUGUUUGAAUAUAUUAAGUUGGAAGAGUUGUGAUGCGUCACAAUGAUGAAUCAAAACACAAUCUGAAUUUGUAAUAUUUUUAGCAGAGAAUACAAGACAUACAUUUAAGAAGUUAAUAAAUAAAUAAAUA